AUGGCUCCGCGAUCUGGAAACAAUGGCAAUGCCCAGGGCGGAGGCGUCCUGAGUGCUGUCGCCAGGUUCUGGACGCAUUCCUAUGCGCCCGACUAUGUUGGCUUCGUGGGCCUUCUGACAGCGUACCUCCUGAUUCAAUUCCUGGUCGAGCCUUUUCAUCGAAUGUUCUACGUCAACGAUCUACGUAUCGCAUUUCCGCACGCCGAGCACGAACGAGUUCCUGUAACCAUGGGCAUCAUUUAUGCAGCCUUUAUUCCCUUGAUAUUCGUCGUCAUUAUCAAUGGCGCAACCAGGGCGUCGUUUCACAAACACCAUUCCACUAUUCUUGGUCUGGCGAUUGCGGUGAUCCUUACGAGCUUCUUGACGGAUAUUGUCAAGAAUAUGGUGGGCAGGCCACGGCCGGACUUGAUCGCAAGAUGCAAACCAAGAUCAGGCACCCCAAGAGACACAUUGAUCACUAUAGACGUGUGCACGGAGACGGACCACCAUGUCCUACACGACGGCUGGCGCUCGUUCCCCAGUGGCCACUCCAGCUUCAGUUUCGCUGGGCUGGGCUAUACCGCCCUCUUCCUGGCAGGACAGUUGAGGAUAUUCAGGGACAAGAAGGACUUGGGCAGGGCGCUGGUCGCCCUGACGCCGUUAGUAGGCGCGGCAAUGAUUGCUAUUAGCCGUUGCCAGGACUACAGACACGACGUCUACGAUGUAUGCACCGGGUCGCUUUUGGGCAUGGUUAUUGGAUUCUGGAGCUACCGCAGAUACUGGCCAAGGUUGACGAGUCGGGAAUGUGAUACUCCAUAUCCCGCGCCUGGCACAGAGAUGGACGACAGAGACGCAAGGGGAUGGCAUCGAGUACGAGAUGAGGAAGAGGGCCCAAUCCUGGGGAGAAGGCUUAGUGGUGCGUAUGGGAUGAGUGACCUGCCCCCGCACGCCUGA